UGUUUGCGUGCUCAGUUAGUUUUGUUUUUGAUUUUGGUGUUGUUGGUUGUCGUUUUCGGACGGAGUUAGCGCGCGCCACCAGUUUCAGUUCGUGUCGACAGAGAGAGCAAGAUCGAGUGAUCGCAUACAUAAAAAACGUUACAAGAAAGAAACUUGUUGCUACUCCAUCAACUAAAACCUGAUACAAGAGAAAAAUAAAAGUAACGAGAAAAUAAAUUAAAUAUUGGAUUAUAAAUUAAACGAAAUAUAAAUAAAUUAAACGAAAUUGUGCCUUUUUAAAAACUAAAUCGAGAAAUACCUGUAGUUUUUAAUCUAUUCAUCUACGGCGCAUUGUUGUUGGUUGCUUUAUUGGUAACCACUACAAAUGCACAAGCCUACUGCCAGCUAUUGUUGAGAGAAAAUAUCUAAACACACACAAACACGCCGCAUAUAACAACAAUUGGCUUGCAUUUACCUAGCUUUUCGGCCAUUGUAAAAACGUUGGCAUAGAUAAGUGUGAGUGAGUGAAGUAAAACCACUAUUUUUACCUGGAUUUACCUGUUUUCUUGGUGGCUUUGUGUCAAUACAGGGUCACCACUACAACGGCAACUGUGAAAGAAACAAAAAAAAAAAUACGUUAACAGCAGCAAUUCAAGUCGAAAUACUCAAGAGCAAGAAACCACCUAACGAAGCAAGAGCAACAUCAAUUGGUUUCAAUUAAAAAAUAUUAACAAAAAUAUUAUUAACAAUAAACAAAUGAUUUCAAUUUAUAAUAAAAAUAAAACAUUGUGAGUGUGAGAGCCAAAGAAGAAGAAGAAGAUAGUUUUUUACUAUUAUCUCCAACUCUCCCGUGUGUAUUACCGUUUAUUUUUUGUACCGGUCGUUUGGUUGCCAUGAAAAUACGAUGACGUUAACAAACGUCAAUUGUUGGUGCACAAAAAAAGUCUGAAUAAAACACGAAACAGCACAAAAUUUUCUACCAUCUUGGAAAAAUAAAUCGGAACAAAGUAAUUUUUUUUUUGAAAAAUCAGAAAAAAUCAGUGAUUAUUUAAUAAAAUAAAAGCUUAAAAUAAUAAAACUCCAAAGGUUUCAUAAAUACUGGGUGACUCAUACGAAUUGAAGCCGUGAUUUGACAAAAUGCGGACAACUUAAAAAAGAGACACAAGAAGAAAGCACAGCAGCUGCAUUUAUCUACACUUCGCCCACGGUGAAAAAUCCAGUUUUUCUAUGGAAAAUUUUCGACACCCAACUUCAAUUCCAUCCAUAAUACAUGUCCUCGAAGAGAAUGGUAAUACAAUAAAUAUGGCUUCGCCUGACCCUACCAACAACACAAACAACAAUCACUUGAACACAAUGGCAGCACGCCUACAGCCACCACCCACAACAGAAGACAAAUCCACAACGACACAGACAAAAUCCUCCGCCUUGGCGUCUUCGUCCCUCCAAACACCGGCAUCAGUAUCCUCCUCCAGAUCUUGUUUGAGGCAUGCAGAUCACAUCCUCCGCAACAAACAACAGCAUCAGCUUCAGCAUAUCUACAGCAGUAGAAGAAGGAAAUACCACCUGCCAUUGCUGCCGCAACAACAAAAUGUUCUAACAACAUGUGUUGUGGCGUUAAUAGCAUUUUGUUUCACCUCUACUUUACCCGCCUAUGUUUUAUGCCACAAACAACAGCAUCACAACAAUCAUCAUUCCUCCUAUGCUGCUGCUUUCGUUUCAAAUCAAACAACCGCCUAUGAUUUAGAAAAUGUUCUCCGCUUGAAACGUGAUUCCGUAUCGGCAUUGUACUCGGGUAGCCUGCCAUCCCAAUCGUCUCGCGGCGUUCAAUACUUUGUACAGCAAACCCACAACAACAAUGUCAAUUCCAAUGAAAACUACACGGACAAUCGUAAGCCAGCAUUUAAAAACUGUGCCGGCUAUAAGCCAUCGGUUAAGGAAGAACAACCGGAAAAUUCAUUUGUGAUUACGGUCAAGGCUGAAGAUCCCGAUCCGGGACAAGAAAUCGUAUAUAAUCUCGUUCAAUCGGCUGCGGAGCGACCAAAAUUUCGUAUAAAUCCCAUAUCGGGCGUUAUUACAACCGAACACACAUUCGAUCGCGAUGAACCGAUUCAUGAAAAAGCUGUCUACGUUACUGUCCAAGCCACCGACAAUGGUCGUCCACCCUUGGAUGAUAUUUGUACAUUCAAAGUUACCAUUGAGGAUAUUAACGAUAAUCCGCCGGUAUUCAAUAAGGCUCGUUAUGAUGAAUCCAUGUCGGAAGACAUACAGCCCAAUGCAGCUGUAAUGCGCAUAUCGGCCAGCGACUUGGACGAUGGCAACAACAGUAUUAUCGAAUAUGAAAUUUUGCAGGAACGCGAUUACAGCUACUUUAAAAUUGACAAGACAGCUGGUAUUAUUUCCCUUUCCCGUCCAAUCGAUCGUAAGCCUGGCAUCACCUACACCAUAACGGUAAGAGCCUAUAAUAUUGUACCAGAUCCUCCACAAGAUGCCCAAAUCGAAGUGCGCAUACGUGUCGUCGAAUCGUCCAAGAAACCGCCAAUGUUCAUUGAGUUGGGCGACGAUGUUAUUUACCUGAAGGAAGAUUUCAACAAUUACUCGGCGCCCAUUGUUACACUGAAAGCCGUCUCCAAUGUGCCAGAUAAGCCGGAAGUUAUAUUCGAAUUAAUUACCGGACGAACGGAGCAAACGAAUAGCAAGAAAACAUUUGUAUUCAAUCAAAUCAAAAACAAUACGGUGACAAUUAGUUUGGGUAAAUCGUUGGAUUAUGAGUCCGUCACGGACUACACUUUGACCAUGAGUGCCCGCAAUAUCUAUGAUUUGGUGGCGGAACAUGUUCUCAAAAUCAGGGUGGAAGAUGUCAAUGAUAAUAUACCGUAUUUUACGGAAGUGAAGGCCGGUACUAUUUUGGAAAAUGAACCGGCCGGUACACCGGUUAUGCAGGUUCGUGCCUUUGACAUGGAUGGCACGGAGGCCAAUAAUAUUGUCUCUUUCGAAUUGGCUGAUAAUACGGAUUUCUUUGCAAUUGAUCCCCAGACGGGUAACAUUACCGCACUGACGUCCUUCGAUCGUGAAGCCAGAGAUUUCUAUAAUGUCAAAGUCAUUGCCAGUGAUAACUCACCCUCCUCGUUGAUAAAGAACGGCGAACCCAAUCGUGGCCACCAGGUGUUUCGCAUUGAAAUUGCCGACAAGAAUGACCACGAACCGCAUUUUGAAAUGCGUGAAUAUGUGGCCGACAAACUGCCCGAAGAUGCCAACAUUAAUUUCAUUGUCAUUGAGGUGACGGCCGAGGAUGAAGAUAAUGCCUCGCAAAUCAAAUACACCAUUGAAAGUGGCAAUGUGGGCAAUGCCUUUAAAAUUGAAGAGUUAACGGGCAAGAUCACCGUCAACUCGAGAUUGGAUUAUGAAAACAUCACCGAAUACAUGCUGCAGAUCAGGGCAUUCGAUGGCAUCUAUGAUGAUUACACCACGGUAAUUGUAAAACUGGAAGAUGUCAAUGACAAUCCGCCCAUGUUCAAGGAAAACUAUUCAAUAACCAUACGCGAAGAGCAGACCUUUGAUCAUUGCAUUUUGAACAUUGAGGCCUAUGAUCCGGACAUCAAGGAUCGCAAUGCAGAUCAGCAUAUCAAAUAUUUUGUGGUAAAAGAUGAGCACAAGAAAAUGUUGAGCAUUGAUGACAAUGGUUGUUUGAAGCUGAUACAGCCAUUGGAUCGCGAUUUGCCUAAUGGUCACAAGUCAUGGCAGGUGCUCAUAGCGGCCGUGGAUGAAGAUGGUGCGGGUUUGAAGCUAAUUACUCCCGUCACAAUCAAUCUGCAAGACAUCAACGACAAUGCUCCCUUCUUGGUCAAUAAAAUGCCCGUCAUUUGGCAAGAGAAUCGCAAUCCCGGACAAGUCGUCCAGCUGCAGGCCAAUGAUUAUGAUGAACCUCAAAAUGGACCACCCUUUACCUUUGGCAUUGAUUCCGAAGCCUCAAUGGACAUUAAGAAUAAAUUUAGUAUUGACAACGACUACCUCUUUGCCAAUGUCCAGUUUGAUCGUGAACAGCAAAAGGAAUAUUUCAUACCGAUACGCAUCAGUGAUUCGGGCCAGCCCAAAAUGAGUCAAGUAAGCAUUUUGCAUUUGAUUAUUGGUGAUGUCAACGACAAUGCCAUGUCGGAGGGUUCGUCCCGCAUCACCUUCUACAAUUACAAGGGUGAAGCUCCGGACACCGAGAUUGGUCGGGUAUUUGUUGACGACUUGGAUGACUGGGAUUUGGAUGACAAACAAUUCCAAUGGGCCCAGGGUAUACCCCAUGAUUAUUUCCGUUUGAAUCCCAGUUCUGGCAUGAUAACCUAUUUGGAGGGCACGCCAGGUGGUACUUAUGAACUGCAGUUUGUGGUCACGGAAGAAUCGACAUUUAUACCACGCCACUCGGUGGAUGCCGAUGUGACGGUGGUGGUGCGCGAAUUGCCCGAAGAGGCUGUGGACAAAAGCGGUAGCAUACGUUUCUUUAAUGUAACCAAAGAAGAUUUCAUUAGUGUACCUCGCGAUGCCCAGGGAGAUAGUGCUCUGUCGCUCAAAGAUCGCCUACAGUUCUAUUUGGCCCGUUUGUUCAAUACCUCGGUGGAAAAUGUUGACGUAUUCACGGUAUUGCAAAAUGCCAACAACACCUUGGAUGUCCGUUUCUCGGCCCAUGGCUCACCGUAUUACGCCCCGGAGAAACUCAAUGGUAUUGUGGCCCAACAUCAAAUGGAAUUGGAAAAUGAAUUGGACUUGCAAAUUCUGAUGGUCAACAUUGACGAGUGUCUCAUUGAGAAGUACAAAUGUGAAAGUUCCUGUACCAAUACGCUGCACAAGUCAUCUGUGCCGUAUAUGAUCUACUCGAAUACUACCUCGUUUGUGGGUGUGAAUGCCUUCAUUGAGGCCCAGUGUGUUUGUGAGGUCAAGGGCCGGCAGUAUUGUCUGAAUGGUGGCACACCCAAGAUUGGUGAGGAUGAUGCCUGCGACUGUAUAGACGGAUUUACGGGACCCCAUUGUGAGUUGGUUUCGGUGGGUUUCUAUGGCAAUGGUUAUGCCUUCUAUGAACCCAUAUCGGCCUGUGAUAAUACCCGCAUUAGCUUGGAGAUUGCACCUCAAACCGAUCAUGGUUUGAUUAUGUACUUGGGACCCAUCAAUUACAAUCCCCUGUUGCCGUUGUCGGACUUUCUGGCUUUGGAAUUGGUCAAGGGUUAUCCGGUGUUGACGGUGGAUUAUGGUUCGGGCGCCGUGCGCAUUGAUCAUCGCCAUAUACAACUGCAGGCAGGCAAAUCAUAUCAACUGGACAUUGUGCUGCAGAGGUCAAGCAUUGAAAUGACGGUGGACAAUUGCCGUUUAUCGACCUGCAUGAGUUUGGGUGCACCGCAGGGUCCCAAUGAGUUUUUGAAUGUUAAUUCUCCGCUGCAAUUGGGUGGCACUCCUGUGGAUUUGGUGAAUUUGGGCCAUCAGCUGAACUGGACCUAUAUUCCGGGUCAGCAGGGAUUCUUUGGUUGCAUUAAAAAUCUGACCAUCAAUGAGCAUACCUACAAUCUGGGAACACCAGCUGUGUUCCGAAAUGUGGAUUCCGGAUGUCAGAGAGCGGUGGCCGUGGCCGUUACCUUGGGUAUAAAUCGCAAUUUCCUGAUUGCCAUAAUAUCGUGCAUAGUUCUACUGCUUAUAAUUCUGCUGGCUGUGGUGGUGCAGAAGAAACAGAAGAAUGGCUGGCAUGAAAAGGACAUUGAUGACAUACGCGAAACCAUCAUCAAUUACGAGGAUGAAGGUGGCGGCGAACGUGAUACCGAUUAUGAUUUGAAUGUUUUGCGUACCACGCAACCGUAUUAUGGCGAAACGCUCUACAAAGAUCCGCAUAGUUUACAUGCCAUGCCAACCAGCCAACCGCAGGAGAUACCGGACAUUGGUGGUUUCCUGGGCGAUAAAAAGGAGAAUUGUGAUCGUGAAAUACUCUCCUUCCCCGUGGACGAUGUACGACACUAUGCCUAUGAGGGUGAUGGCAAUUCGGAUGGUUCACUCUCCUCGCUGGCCUCCUGUACAGAUGAUGGUGAUCUCAAUUUUGAUUAUCUGUCCAACUUUGGGCCGCGUUUCCGUAAAUUGGCUGAUAUGUAUGGUGAAGAGCCAUCCGAUACAGAUUCAAAUGUUGAUGACGAUCAGGGUUGGCGCAUCUGAGCGCAAUUGACGAGAAGAGGAAGACACCAAGAUACGAAAACGAAACAUGAGUAACGAAAGAAUGAAAGAAAAAAAGACAAAGAUACACACGCAGACACAUAGCUUGCAAUAUAUGUUUCCCCCUCCACAUAGAACAAAACGAACGAAAUGAAAUGACAAGAAAAAUAGAAGAACAGAAACAAUAGACAAAACACAAAAUGUAAUUAAGGAAUUGAUUGAUCUUCCAAACGAAACAAAGCAAGAUGAGUAAUUUAUGAUGUACAGACAUAUCUUAGAAGACAAAUGUGUAAUUUAAAAUAUCGACAGUAGGAAAGAAAGAAAAAUAGAAAACGAAAACAAAAAGACUUGAUAACGAGUGGGAGCUUUGCUCCCAAACUCAAAUGUAUUGCUGUACUCUAAAAAAAAACGAAACAGAAACUAUUGAACACAGUAUGUCUUUCUUCUGCAAAAGAAACAAUGUAUAAACAAUUUAUUUUUUUUUUUGGUUUAAUUUUUAUUUAAUUUUUUUUUUCAAUAUUUAUAAGAGUAAAUAGAAAUUAUUUUUUUUUUGUUUUUUUUUUAUGAACUACACAGAAAAGUGAUUUUUUAUAAUUUAAAAGAAAAACACGUUUAUUAAUGAAAUAAAUUUAGGUGAUUUAUUUUUAUAAGAAGCCCCUAAAAGUAAAAUAAAGAAAAGAAAACUAAAGUAAAUUACAAUAAGUUAACCCAAACAAAAGGCAUUAAUAAAUUAAUUAAUUAUUGUUAACUAUAUUUUUUGAUAAAAUGUGGAUUCAAUGAUAGACAUGGAAGAAAAUAUAUUUUUUAUUUUUUACAAACCAUAGCAUUUAUAAUUACAAAUAUAAAAAAAUGAGAAAAUUCCAUUUAAUUAGUUAAACAAUAUAUAAAGACAGCGUUUGAUGUGCUACCUAUUCUCAAGUUUCAUUUCUGUUGAUAAUUUCCGAUUCAAUUCCAUCCUCCCAAAACAAGAAAAUGUCCAUGAAUUUCAAGUUUCCUUCACUACUCUCUUACCUUUUAAAUUUCCACAAAUGUCAAGCGAAUAUUAAAUUUACUUUAGUUUAUAUUUAACAAUAAAUAUAUAUUUAAUCUAAAAAAAAA